CUUCAGCCCGUCAGCAGCGACUGCUUCUCCGAUCUCUUCCAGUCAAAAAUCUGGAUUUUUCAUUCGUAUCGUUUCUCAAUUGUUUACGCCGGCGACGAUGGCCGUUGCUGAGACUUCCGUUAUGUAUCACGUCGCCCUGGUUCUGUUCCUCCUCUUCAUCCUUAACCACUUCGACCUAGACCACCCUUUCGUUUUCUUCUUCUCCUUCCUCUAUCUCUACAAGGUCAAUCAACGAUGUUCAGUAAGACUUUGGAGGCGGCUUCAGAACGAGGAAAGAAAACAUGCCAAUAGACAAAGGCUUUUGUCAGAUUCAGAAUCCGUGAGAUGGUUGAAUCAUACAGUUGAGAAGGUUUGGCCAAUAUGUAUGGAGCAAAUUGCAUCACAACAGUUCCUUUUACCCAUCAUACCGUGGUUCUUAGACAAAUUCAAGCCUUGGACUGCGAAAAAAGCAGUUGUUCAGCACCUAUACUUGGGUAGGAAUCCACCCAUGUUUACGGAGGUACGGGUUCUUCGUGAAUCAACUGGUGAUGAUCAUUUGCUCCUGGAGCUGGGAUUAAAUUUUUUGGCCGCAGAUGAUAUGAGUGCGAUUAUUGCUGUUAAGUUGAGGAAGAGGUUGGGUUUUGGAAUAUGGGCAAAAAUGCAUGUGAAAGGGAUGCGUAUUGAAGGAAAGGUCUUGGUUGGAGUGAAGUUUAUUCAACGAUGGCCAUUUAUAGGACGUGUUCGAGUUUGCUUUAUUGAGCCACCUUACAUUCAGAUAACUGUCAAACCAAUUUUCCAUCAUGGCAUUGAUGUUACUGAUCUUCCAGGAAUUGCAAGCUGGCUGGAUAAAAUUAUUGAUGUUGCAUUUGAGCAAACUUUGGUUGAGCCAAACAUGCUGGUUAUUGAUACAGAGAAAUUCGCAUCAAUGGACUCAGAAAGUUGGUUCACUGUUGAUGUGAAAAGUCCUAUUGCUUUUGCCAAAGUGGAGGUCAUCGAAGCAGUUGAAAUGCAGCCAUCAGAUAGUAAUGGCUUAGCAGAUCCAUAUGUGAAGGGUCACCUUGGUCCUUACAGAUUCCAGACUAAGAUUCAAAGGAAAACUGCGUCCCCUAAAUGGCUUGAAGAAUUUAAAGUUCCUAUUACUUCAUGGGAGGCAUGUAAAAAGUUGACCAUUGAAGUUCAUGACAAGGAUCACAUCUUUGAUAACAUGCUAGGAAGUUGGUCCAUAAAUAUCACUGAUCUCAAAAGUGGGUAUAGGCAUGAGAAGUGGCUAACACUUAAAACUGGAAGGUUGCGCCUAGCAAUCACCAUAAUUGAGGUUGAAUUGGAUAAGAAUUCAGACAAUCAAAGUGAUGAUGAUGGUGAUGAUGUUGAUGAUGAGUCUUCUUCAAUAGUAUCUGAAACAACAAGCAUAGGAUCAAAUCCAAUGAUUCAAGACUCAUCCUAUGAGGUUGGUAAGAAGCUCUUUGUAGAUAAUUUUGAGCCUAAAGAUAUUGAAUUUUGGCUUCAUCAUCCUGGCGAUGAAGCUCCUGUAUCAUGGGAAAAUAAAAGCCCCAAAUCAUCAGAAUCAUCUUACAAUGAGGCCACAAUCACCAUUGAAACUCCUGAUAAAACAAAAGGUCAUACUCAUGGGAAGAUCCAUAGAGGCUUUCACAAGGUUGGAAUAGAGAUUCACCCUCGCCAUAAGGGUCCUAAUAAUGACUCUCGAGAAGAAGAAAACUCCAUGAAAGUUCAUAUUAAGGAGAAAACUAUAGAUAUAAUGAAGCAUGCAGGGAUGUCUGCGCAUAAGUUGAAGAAUGCGCUUAAAAGAAAGCUUCAUAAGAAAUUGAGAGAAGAAGAUGAAUCAGAAAGCAACUGGUCUGAUGUUUCAUUGAGAUCCAAUUCAUCUAUAGACCCUAUCAAAGGUAGUGUUAAGGAUGAACAUAUUCACUCAUGAGCCUUACUAAUUGCAGAGUUGAUUUCGAUUUUUAAAUUUGGUAUAAUAGAAUAGUAGUCAGAUUGCUUGCUAUAAAAAAAAUUCUUCAUAAUCA